AUGGAUUUCGUCUUCGGGUUACCCGAAGACGCACGCGGGAAUACGGGUAUUCUCGUAUUUGUUGACAGACUCAGCAAAAUGGUACACCUUGUGGCUGUACCAGAGACAAUCACGGCAAGUGGCUGUGCUUGUGUCUUUAUUGACACCAUCUUCCGACUUCAUGGGUUGCCCCGUGAACUCGUAUCAGACAGAGAUCCACGAUUCACUGCUGAUUUCUGGCGUUCCGUGUUCAAAUCACUCGGAACGCGCUUGAAGAUGUCGACAUCUGAUCAUCCAGAGUCAGAUGGUCAGACGGAACGUGCCAAUCGUGUCCUUGAAGAGAUACUUCGAGGAUACGUACACUCCUUUAAGAGUUGGAGUGAGUUUUUGCCGAUGGUAGAGUUUGCCAUCAACAACUCGGUGCAUGCGUCCACGACACAUACACCGUUUUACGUGAAUGGCUUGCGCCAUCCGCGUGUACCCACCUUACUAGAGUGUAACUCUGGUUUAAGGGGGGGAGGGACUCGCGCGAGCAAAAGCCGAUUUGGUUUACGCUCAUCACGCUCUGACGAAGAGGUCAUUGCGUUUGAUGCCGAUAUCGAUAACAUCGAUAUCGAAGAAGAUGAUGCCAGUGAGAGUGCGGAAGCCCUCACUGAAGAAAAGGCCGAUGUUGCUGCAGUGCGCCCACAGCGCACUGUAGCCAACGAGUCAUCAGAUGAGUUCAUACUGGCUCGUGAAACGGUAGUCCGUUUUGUGCAAGACUCCAUAGCCGAAGCGGUGGAUAAGCAAAAGCAAAGCGCUGACAAGAAUGGAAGGGCAAACACUCUUUUUUUUAAUCAAUGUGACUGA